AGAAGGCGCAGUUUGCGGUACUCCGUGCCGCCACGCAACCGAUCAUGGAUAAAAAGAGACCACUCACUGAACGAGAGCUGCAAGAGAUCGUCGACAAUUUCUCUGAUUUUGAUGAGGAUAUAGUAGACUUUGCAGAUGAAAGCGAAGGAGAAGAAGAAGUUAUUCAGUACAAUGUUUACGACAGCGAAUCUGAGCAAUCUGCCGUUGAGGACUUGGACUAUACACACGAAUUGGAUAAUCAAGGAGAUGAGUUCUUUUACAUUGGAAAGGACGAAGAGAAUGUUUGGAAAAGCACUCCUGUGAGUUUUACCAGUAAAACUAGGUCUAAAAAUAUAAUCAAGAUAUUACCAGGUUCAAAAGGAGCUGCGAAAACUGUGCCAAAUCAUUUAGAGUCAUUUUAUAUAUUUAUUUCCAAUGAGAUGAUUGACAAUAUCGUAACAUGCACAAAUUUAUAUAUAGAUAAUAAAAAACAAAAUUUUGCAAGAGAUAGAGAUUGCAAAAUAACUUCGUCCACGGAGGUCCAGGCAUUAUUCGGCGCGUUAUAUAUAAUUGCAGUAAAGAAAGGAAAUCGUGUAGAUGUGCGAGAACUGUGGAGUACAGAUGGAACUGGAAUGAUUAGACUUCGGGCUGCUUUUAGUUACAGAAGAUUUUUAUUCCUUUUACGUGCUUUACGAUUUGACAAUAUCAACACCAGGAAAGAACGCCAAAAUAUAGAUAAUUUAGCUGCAAUACGGGAUAUUUACUCCGAUUUUGCAAAGAAUUGUAUGAAUAAUUACAUCCCUGGGGAAUUCAUUGCCAUUGAUGAAAUGCUUCAUCCGUUUCGGGGGCGAUGUGGGUUCGUGCAAUAUAUGCCGCAAAAGUCGACAAAAUACGGUAUAAAAAUAUAUGCUUUGUGUGAUAGUCGCACCUAUUAUACUUGGAAUCUUGAGAUUUAUUGUGGGCAACAACGAGAUGGUCCCUUUCAGACAAGUAAUAAGCCAUUCGAUAUAGUUCAAAGGUUGGUAGACCCUUUAAAAAAUUCCAAGAGAAACCUGAGAACAGAUAAUUAUUAUACGAGCUAUCCCCUAGCAAAUUAUCUUUUGCAAAAUGGCCUUACGUUAAUAGGUACAAUAAAGAAAAAUAAAAAGGAAAUACCCCGGAAUUAAUUCCGAAUAAAGCACGAAUAGUUGAUUCUUCAUUAUUCGGAUUUCAGGACGAAAUUAAUUUGGUAUCUUACGUACCCAAAAAGAAUAAGGCUGUGAUAAUUCUUUCUUCUGUUGAUGACAAAGGAGAGGUUGACGAGGCAACAAAUAAGCCAACCAUAAUUUUAGAUUAUAACAGGACGAAGAGUGGUGUCGAUACUGUCGAUCAAAAAUGUGCCUCUUAUACAACCCAGAGAACCACUAGACGAUGCCCCCUUGCAAUAUUUUUCCGCAUUCUUGAUACUACUGGGAUAAACGCUGAAAUUGGAUUCAAUAAUACUAAACCUACAGAAGAGUCUCCUAGAAGACGAAAAUUCUUAAAUGAAUUAGGCGUGUCUCUAAUGGAACAUCAUAUGGCGGAACGAGCGAAAAUAAUUACACUUCCAAAAGACAUUAGAGAAUUUCUUUCGCGAUACCAAACUACUGUUGAUGAGGUACCUGCAAUAAAGCAAAAUGGUAGUGGACGUUGUCAUUUUUGUAGUGCGCAUAAAAAUAAUAAAACUACUGUUAGAUGUGACUCAUGUUAUCAGUUUGUAUGUAAAAGCCAUCGCAAAAAAACAGUUCAAUGUGAUACUUGUUUGUAUACCCCGAUGGAGGAAGACUGAUUUAUUUUAGAAUUAAGUCUCUUGGUGGCUACGUUACCAUUUUCACUUUAAAAAUUCAGUGUUUAUCUUUUAUGUUCGCUAUAGAAUAAUGUUUUAGUUUUGAAUGUUUAAAUAAAUAAGAGCGC